ACACCUAUUCUACUGCUUCAAAGGAUCCAACCCGAAAUUCUGGGGAAAUAAAGACUUUAUCAGAUCAUCUCGCAGACGUGAUAACGCCACCCGAGAUUGACUUCGCGGGGUUACUCGGCUGCCGACCAGAGACCCCCCCGGCAGAAGCACUUCUUCCCCACAGGACGGGCGUUGCCUCGGCUUGGAGCUUUGCGUACCCUCAAUUACACAAUGUCUGGACCUGGUGUUGGCUUCGAGUACCCUCCCCAGCCCGUUGCGUGGCUGAAGCGCGAUGUGCUGCUCUUUGCAAACUCCAUCGGCGUGACUGCCGACGAGCUUCACUACCUCUAUGAACUCCACCCCAACUUUGCCGUCUUCCCUACCUACCCUACCGUCCUGCCAUUCAAAGGCGACUCACAAGAAGUCAUCGACUUCUACGCCUCCCAGAAAAAGACCAAGAUCCCCGGCGUCCCCGACUUCGACUCGCGCCGCGUCGUCGACGGCCAGCGCAAGAUCGAGUUCCUCAAGCCCCUGCCCGUCACGUCCGCCGGCCGCAAGUUCGAGCUCCGCCAAAAGGUCCUCGGCGUCUACGACAAGGGCCGCCCGGGCUCCGUCGUCGACAGCCAGCUCGAGCUCGUCGACGCCGACACCAACGAGGUCUACACGCGCCUCCUGGCCAGCUCCUUUUUCGUCGCGCAGGGCAACUGGGGCGGGCCCAAGGGUCCCGCGACCGAGAGCUUUCCCCCGCCCAAGGACAAGAACCCGGACUGGGUGCUGGAGCACCACAUCUCCAAGGAGGCGGCGCACCUGUACCGCCUCAACGGCGACUACAACCCGCUGCACGCGACGCCCGAGCCCGGCGUCAAGAUGGGCUUCCCCGGUGCCAUCAUGCACGGCCUUUAUUCGUGGAACGCCACUGCUCAUGCCAUCCUCAAGGCCGUGGCCGGUAGCGACCCGACCCUUAUGAAGGAGUACCAGGCCCGGUUUGCCAGCCCCGUGAUGCCCGGCGACAAGCUCAUCAUCAAGGUCUGGAGGACGGGCGAGAAGAAGGGCGACUUUGAGGAGAUUCGGUUUGUUGUUGCCGUCGAGAACGGAAAGGUGUGCUUGAGCAACGGCCGGGCUCUGGUCAAGGUUCUGGGAAACGUUGUGGGGGACAUCAAGGGAAAGCUGUAGAUGUAUGAUAUUGUGCCAUUUGAUGAUG